AUAGGAAAGUCUUCAUGUAUACUUUAAAAGGAAUUAUUUGUGACUGAACACUAUCUUUUACCUGUUGAUUAAUAAUAGUCAAGCAAAAGUCAAGAAUAAUACAUUUCACGUUGCAACUUCUGGAAGAAUGACAUUGAAUAUUUAAAGUAGAAUAGCGUACUGAUUAAAAUAUAGCAUAACAAAUUCAACACAGGCCUUGUAAUACAAUGAAGAAGACAUUCAUCGGAGACGGUUUAACCAGUUACUUCGAGGAAUUCGGAAAAGUAAUUGCUCGACAUCCUUUUUACUUUCUCAUACCGACAAUUCUUAUAUCUGCCCUCCUAUCAUUAGGGCUUAAAAAUAUUUAUUAUAUUGAAGACGGCCAAUAUUUAUUAAAUUCGGAUAGUGGCAAGGUAAUUUACGAUAAGCAAUUCGUUAACAAAAUGUUUCCUGUAAACACAUCAGAAUUUUAUGAUGUACUAAGAAUGACUCAGCUUCCCAAAUCCCCAAUGGUAUACAUAAGUAGCAAAGAUGAAAGAAAUAUGAUUUCUAAAGCUAUUCUAAUGGAAAUACAAAAUUUAGACCAAAUUAUCAGGAAUAUAACAGUAAGAGUCGAUGGAAAAUUAGUAUCCUACAAUGAAUUGUGCGGCAUUGUUAACGGAAAAUGCUUCGAAAAUCCUUUAUCCACAAUAAUGACUCAAAUAGAUGACAUUUUUUCUUCAAAGAAAAGAAUUAAAUUUCCAAUCGAAAUUGAUCCCGUAAAUUACUCAUACCAGAUGUGGGUAUUAAAUUUAGGUGGCGUGAAAACAGACAUUGAUGGGUACGUCAAAGCAGUUGAGUAUAUGCGUUUGAUGUAUCCCGUUGAUGAAUCUAAUGAAAAAAAGGAUAAUUGGAUAACAGAAUGGAGAAAGAUGUUUCUGAAACAAGUUCGAGAAUAUAAGUUUAAUUUCAUCGAAUUGUAUCCAUGUCCAUUGCUUUCAACUGAAUUGGAGUUUAAAAUACUUGCCGAAAAAAUCACACCUAUGAUAAGUGUUUCUGUUGUAAUAGUUACAAUAUUUUGCAUCCUUACAUAUAUGACAAACAGCUGGAUAAGAAGUAAACCAUGGAUGGGUGUUGCUGCAGUUGCAUCAGCAGGAUUAGCUGUAGUUUCUUCUUUCGGAUUAAUGGGAGCCUGUGGAGUAGGAAGUAUUCGCAGUCACAUCUGUUUGCCUUUUCUUAUAUUAGCGACAGAGAUCGACGAUGCGUUUGUGAUUGUAGCAUGCUGGAGGAUUACUAACAUUCGCAACAAUGUAGAAGAAAGAAUGGGGAAGACAUAUGCCAAUGCUGCUGUGUCGAUCAGCAUAACAAGUUUGACAAAUCUCUUGUCUUUCUGCAUAGGGAUGACAGCUGAAUUUCCUGGUGUUCGAAUAUUCUGUUAUUAUGCUGCUACGUGUAUUGGUUUUACUUAUUUAUACCAGAUAACUUUCUUUGGAGCUUGCUUAGCUCUAAGUGGAUACAGAGAAGAAAGCGGUCUUAAUCCAUUUACAUUUCGUUCUUCCAAAGUGAGUCUAAGAAAAUGUCAAGAGGAAGAAAAGCACGAAAGCAUCUUUAUGGAAUUCUUUCGAGAUAAAGUAGCUGAACUUCUUUCCCUUUCACCAAUUAUGACAGUCACAAUUAUACUCUGUAUCGUAAAUUUGACAAUAGGUGCUUGGGGUGUUUCAAGUUUAAAAGAAGGAAUAGACAUUUUUUCUCUUUAUCCUGAACAUUCGCUAAUAACAAAAGGAUAUAAAAUAUUGUAUGGACAUUUUACAGAAUUUUCAUUUCCUUUAAAUAUAAUUGUCAACAAAACAUUAGAUUACUCAAAACCAGAAGUGCAGCAAGCUGUUGAUAAUCUCUUGAAUAAAUUUCAUACUCAUCCCAAUAUCGCGGGUACAGAGCUUGAGGUUUCUUGGCUAAAAUACUACAAAGAUUUCCAAAAACAUCCGGUAUCAAAAUUUUCCUUAGGAGGUUAUAAUUUGACCCAAAAACAAGACUUCAUCGAUGGUCUUCGUAACGUGUUUUUAAAACUUUCUGCUGCAAAACAAUUCUCAAGAGAUGUUGUUUUCAAUGAAAAUUAUACAGAAAUUAUAUGUAGUCGCUUCUUUCUUUCGACAAAAAAUGUUGCCAACGUUGAUACGGAACGUAAAGUAAUAAGUGACAUGUGGAAUAUUGCAGAAGAAUCGGAAUUUCCAAUUGUUGUUUAUUCAUUCAUAUCACAUACGAUAGAACAGGGUAUUAUAAUCAAACGGAUAACUUUUCAGUUGUUCUGGUUGACUGCUCUAUUAAUAUUUAUCAUUUUUACUGCAUUCAUUCCAAAUUUUAUGUGCGCGUUUGUUGUUGGCUUUUCAAUUGUUACAACAAUUGCCGAAACUAUUGGUUUCAUGUCUCUGUGGGGCGUAAAUUUAGAUGUCUUUUCGAUGAUAGUAGUAAUUCUGUGUAAUGGAUUUUGUGUCAAUUAUCCAACACAUGUAUGUUAUGCUUUCCUGUCUUCGAGCGAUCCCAGUGCGAAAGGAAAAUUGAAAGAUUCUCUAUAUCAAGUCGGUUUUCCUAUAUUCCAAGGAUCAGUGACCACAAUUUUAGGAUUACUUGUUUUCUUGUACAAUAAUAUGUAUGCUUACAGCUCAUUUGUAAAGAUCGUGACUAUUAUUUCUUUCGUUACAGUUUUCCAUGCAAUGUUUGCAAUUCCUACUUUUCUAGUCUUAAUUUUAUCCUACUUUGAAAAAAGAAAAACUGAUCAGUCAGAUAAGAACAAAUAUGGCGAAAUUCGGAUAAAUCAUGAAUAAUAAUGAAGUAUAAAAAGUGAUUAUUGUGUAUUACUUAUAUACUAAGCAUUACCUUUUUCAUAUUGCGAUUAAGUAGCAGUUUGUUAAGCUAGCACCAGUCUGGUGCAGGAUAUAUACGCCGUUUAAUAAAACACGUCAAAUUACCAAAUAUUUUGUAUUUUAGAAAAUUUGAUAAGUUAUGUGCGAUCUGCACUUUGCAGACAUUGCUGUACCUGUACAUGCUAUACUAGUACACAAUGACAUAACCAUCGGAUUUGCUUAUGCACACAUAUUAAUUAGUUCGAAAAUUCUACAUUGUAUAAUUGUAGGUAUUCAGGGAAUAUAAUACAGUUUAGGGUUUCACUUAUUAGGCACAGG